ACAGGACUUUAAAUGGUGUCCAGGGAAAUGUGAUAUUGUAACCCUAGUCAGAUCCACCGUCCAUGUUUUUUUUAUUUUUAUUUAAUACUGUACAGAACUCUUACUGAAGCCAGUGUCAGAGCUCAGAUAACUUUGUUUAAUGUUUAGAGACAGUAAUUUGGUAGUUUGAGCAAAAUAACUGAGAUCCGUUCAAAUUGAUGCUCAUUAGACAGACUGGUUGUGAGAUCUAUAGAAUAGUUUGUCUGAACCUGUUUAGGCAGUUAGCACAUUUCCAAGUAAGCUCUAAGAGAAUGUUAAGGUUUCCUUUUUUUAGGCUAUUUGCAUUGUUAAAGGAUAGAAAUAGGCAUUUGAUAUCAGUGUUCUGUGCAUGUCAGCAAGUGCUUUCGCACUAUUUUCACCUGGUAUCCAUGAGGCUCGGAAAUGGGGAAAUAGUUUUUUUUUACAGCGUUGUAGUCUUUUUCACAAAACACCCAACAAAUUGUUAUGAAAAGUUACUUACUGAGUGUUAAUCCUUUAUUUCUGGUGGUGUCACGGUAAUAAACACACACUGUGGAGAAAACAAUGAACAAUGUGGUGUUCUGUAAUACUCUAUCUGUAUGUUAAUUAGCAGGUAAUAUAAUUACAGGUUAAUUAACAUACAGUAUUUACUUUUUUACAUAAAUGUGAGUGUCUGUCUUCCCACCCAGUUAUGUAAAUGAGGAGUCUUACAAGGUAAUCAGCAGCCAGUCAAUGAGGGGUUAGUGUUUGCAAAUAUACCGUACAUUAUCUCAGUCCCUGAUACCAAGCAGUUUAGUUUGGUCUCCUACAAAUGUGGAUUGCUGGUAUGUGAGGGUUGGUGGAGAGAUUUGGGAAGCAGUUACUUGUCUGAUCGUUUUAACUGGUAAGUGUUGUGUUUGGUGACUGUUUUUGUUUAGAAUUCUGUGAGUAAUUUGUUUUGCUGACUGUUUUUAUAUAAAUGUUGACUUAUUGGGUUUAAUAGCUAGAUAUAUAGGAAUUGUGGGCUGGGAUUGCAGUCUGGUUUCAUCCAGUAAUCUGUUAUAGGUUUGAUUUUUAGUUCUGUGUGGUGACUUUACAUACAGAGUUUUUCUUAUAUAUAGCGUGAUACAAUAUGCUGCUUAUUUUGCAUAAUAUAGAACUAGUUAAGCUGUGUGUGUGUGUUCUUAUACCCUGUAAGAGGAAUGAGUGAUCCGAUGUCCGGAAUGGCUUAUAUCAGUUCUGUGCGGGAUUUGUACAGGUUACAAUGUGGUUUUACUGAAUCACUGUAAACUAGGGAGACUUUUCAUCUUUUUGCUGCAUAACUCCAGUAUUUAAACUUUAAAUGAAUUACAUAAUUCAUUAAGGUUAUCUUGAAAUUCAAUUUCCAACUCCGUUGAAACAUUUCAGAAAAGUUUUUUAUUAUUUAUAUAUUAUACACUCUCAAUAUGUGAGAUUAGGUGCCUCUUACAUACAGUCAUCUUCUGAUUUCAGCCUUAAAUAGCAUAUCUCCAUGCUGCAGGGUGUGUGUUUGUUCAUGGGCUAUUUUUGGGCUGAGCAGCUGUCCUGUCUUGUAACCUCUUUAUGUGCCUUUUCUUGGCACAUUGCACCCACAGCUUGCUUGUUCCUAGUUUCUGAACCAAUUAUUUAUUAUGCUUCACAAUCCAACAAUAAUCACCCUUGUCUUGCUGUGAUGUUUUAAUGCUACUUGUGGGAAUCUAUUUAGGUUCAUGGAUAUUGGUGGAGAGAUAAUUGUUUAACUACCUGGUUUCUAAUGUCUUGUGUUUUGCUUUGCAGGAGUCUGUGGAUCCUAUCAUGGUAUCUGUAACGUUAGGUAAGAUUUUCCUUAGAUUGAUGGCAUUCUGAUCCGGAGCCUGUCUUACUGUACUUCCUAAUUAUACUCUAUUUCCUGUGUAAUAAAACCAGUAAACCUUUAAUUUGAAGUCUUCCCUCUCUCCUUGUUUGGUUAGUGGAGCAGUUAUAAAACUGGUGUUUAUUUUAUUUUAGCCACAUCAGAAUGGAUUGGCUUCUUCAAGGAAGCUGGAAUUCCUGCUGGGCCAGCUGUCAACUACGCUGUUUCAUUUGUGGAUAACAGGUGAGAGUGAUGGGAGUCACCGUUACACCCAAAACAGGAGAGGUUUGUAAGGGAGGAGAUGGGAAUGGAGUCAGUCGUUUAUUUUUGGUUCCAUUGGACUUGCUGCUGUAUGAUGCAUAUCUGAGUUACGUUGGAGGGUCCUGCAUUAUACGCAAUAGGUUCUAGUGGGGGCUGCGUGUGAAUAGCAAUUGUAGAGCAGUCACCAUGGAAACCAGUAGACUGUUCACCAUGAUUGCUUCAGUUAAAAGUCCUGAUCCAGAAUCACUAUUGAGAAAUAACUUUGCAUGCGUCUGUGUUUACUGUACAGAAUUAUUAAUUUCCUGUGUAAUCUGUGUACACUAUUGUUUCAGGAAUACAAACAUGUAUUUCUGACACUAUACGUGUGAUAAUACUGGUUAGAUCACCGGCCUCUUUUUCCCCUGUAAAGUUGAGUUUACUCACCUUUUUUCCAGCGCCGCAGGGUCUCCUCGAAUCUGGCCCUGCCUCUCGCUGCCUCCAUGGCUGAGAUUAUCACAUUUGACUAUCUCCACCAAUAAGAAAAUAUUGAGACGAUUGCGCAUGCGUAGCAAAAUACUGCACUGUAACCAUCUCUAUGAAGAAAUGCAGAUUGGCAAAGUAUUGUGGAUCUGAUAUUAACACGAUGAGCAGACCUGUAGUGUAGUCUGCUGGGAACCCUGUGAUUGUUACAUUUGGUGACUUAUUAUUAUUGGAAGGUGUCAGGGAUAGUUGUGUACAAAUAAUUGAGAAAAUAUUUUAGCAGUGACAUGAGAAUAAGAAACAUUGUCCUUACAGGAUUCAGAAAAACAUGCUGAUGGACCUGAAUAAAGACAUCAUUAACGAGUUGGGGAUUACCGCCGUUGGGGACGUCAUAGCGAUCCUGAAACAUGCCAAGGUCGUUCACAGACAGGUAUGGAACCUCACAAGCAAUGCAAGGUGUCAGGCACAAUCCCCACUGAUGUUCCAUCCCCUCCACCUUGGGUCUAUUGCUGUUCUGAUUAGAGUUUAUAUAUUUCCUUUCUGUUUUCUGCCCCAUGCUGUGUACAAACUAUUUGUUAUUUUGGUUCUUCACAUUUUCUGUCUAUAAUGAACCCAACUUUGCUUUACUGGUAUGACAGAUAUUAGUGAUUUUAGUUAAUUAAGGAGAUGCUGAAUAAUACAUCUGAUAACCUGAUGGAUUCAUGAUAGGACCUCUUAGUAGAGUUAGUUUCAGCAAACUGAUGGGGACACUAUAGGCACCCAGACACUUUAGCUCAUUGAAGUGGUCUGGGUGUUGUUCCUCUCUCCAUUUUACCCUGCUUAUUGAUAAACUGCAAUAAUAACAUUGCAGGCUUAACUCCACCUUUAGUGGCUGUCUACCAGACAGCCACUAGAUAUGCUUUUGGGUUGAUAGGCAACUUUUGGUCUCACGCUCUGCAUGGCUAAUACCCCAUAGGAAAGCAUUGAUUCAAUUGGCUGAUGUUGGGAGAGGAGGUAUGAAGGCGGAGCUUAGGGACAUCGGCGCUGGAUUCAGUUAAGUGACAGAAGGGUUUUUACUGCUUCUGUGCUGUAGGGAGGAGGGGUGUAAGUAAGGGAGGCACCAUAUGGUACUAUAGUGCUAGGAAUACAACUUUGCUAUUCCUGGCACUAUAGGUUCCCUUUAAUGGCAUUAGAAUCCGGCCACAGGCUGAAUUUUGAAUGUUUGUUAUAUAAAGUUUCUCCCUGCACUCUCUUGCAGGAGUUGGUAGUAACUAAGAUGGAUUGUGUUUUAUUUACAUUUCAUAUCCUGCUCUCUCUCUCUCAGGAUAUCUGCAAAGCUCUGACAGAACCACAGAAUCAGAACUCCAUGCAGGCGGAACUACGGCGCAACGCAAACAGCCGUAAGUACCUGUGCCCACUUCCUGCCAUAUCUAGGAAAGGAAAAUGGAUUUCAAUCUUUGUAAUGCUUAGGGCAGCUGGUCAGACACCACAUUUUAACACCUUGGUUAUACGACUUUUACCAUGUGUUCAUUCCACCACAAUAUAGCUCUCUUUCUCUUAAAGCACCCAUACAUUCUAUAUAAAUAUAAAAAGCAAUACAAAUGUCAUUGGAAUGUUUUAAAACCCUAGUAUCUGUUAUAUAAGGCUUCUUUGUAUAGAAAGAUGAUAUUUAAAAUUUUGGUUGUCAGUUACCCGCUCCUGUGGUCCUGAAUUAAAAUAUAGAGCAAGAUGGGUUUGAAGAGAUAUCUUGCCUUCGGUUUACAGAUGUCUUGUAUGGUGCAUGAUUUGCCAUGGUGUUCUUUCUUUAUUUCCAGCGGCUACAAGAAUGAUCGCCAACAGUCUGAGCCGGGACUCUCCACCAUCUACACCGGCCCGCAGGCCUGACACUAGUACAUCCAAAAUCUCAGUAACUGUGUCUAAUAAGGGGGCUUUGAAAACUUCACAAGCAGGUAACAUACAGGGUGGUUUUCCUUGACCAUAAAGCUCAACAUUCAACUAUAUUUUAAGCUGUUUAAGGAGAAUGGAAGCUGUAAAUACUUCUCUGUCCUCUUCCUGCACAGCUGACCCUCCUUCUGCGGGCGACAGCUCUGAGGUGUCAGUAAAACGCCGUAGGGUGACUGCAGAAAUGGAAGGAAAGUAUGUAGUUAACAUGCCCAAAGGGACCACACCACGCACCAAGAAAAUCUUGGAGGAGCAGUCAGCAAAAGGUCAGUCUCUCCCAGGGUCACAGUGUACUAAUGACAGUCACAUGUUUAAUGGUCAGUCCCUCUUAGGGUCACAGUGUACUAAUGACAGUGACAUGUUUACUGGUCAGUCCCUCCCAGGGUCACAGUGUACUAAUGAGUGACGUGUUUAAUGGUCAGUCCCUCUUAGGGUCAUAGUGUACUAAUGACAGUGACAUGUUUAAUGGUCGGUCCCUCCCAGGGUCACAGUGUACUAAUGACAGUGACAUGUUUAAUGGUCGGCCCCUCCCAGGGUCACAGUGUACUAAUGACAGUGACAUGUUUAAUGGUCGGUCCCUCCCAGGGUCACAGUGUACUAAUGACAGUGACAUGUUUAAUGGUCUGUCCCUCCCAGGAUCACAGUGUACUGAUGACAGUGACAAGUUUUAGGGUCGGUCCUUCCUAGGGUCACAGUGUACUAAUGACAGUGACAUGUUUAAUGGUCGGUCCCUCCCAGGGUCACAGUGUACUAAUGACAGUGACAUGUUUAAUGGUCGAUCCCUUCCAGGGUCACAGUGUACCAAUGACAGUGACAUGUUUAAUGGUCAGUCCCUCCCAGGGUCACAGCGUACUAAUGACAGUGACAUGUUUAAUGGUCGGUCCCUCCCAGGGUCACAGUGUACUAAUGACAGUGACAUGUUUAAUGGUCGGUCCCUCCCAGGGUCACAGUGUACUAAUGACAGUGACAUGUUUAAUGGCCGGUCCCUCCCAGGGUCACAGCGUACUAAUGACAGUGACAUGUUUAAUGGCCGGUCCCUCCCAGGGUCACAGCGUACUAAUGACAGUGACAUGUUUAAUGGCCGGUCCCUCCCAGGGUCACAGCGUACUAAUGACAGUGACAUGUUUAAUGGUCGGUCCCUCCCAGGGUCACAGUGUACUAAUGACAGUGACAUGUUUAAUGGUCGAUCCCUUCCAGGGUCACAGUGUACCAAUGACAGUGACAUGUUUAAUGGUCAGUCCCUCCCAGGGUCACAGUGUACUAAUGACAGUGACAUGUUUAAUGGUCAGUCCCUCCCAGGGUCACAGUGUACUAGUGAUAGUUAUGGUAGGGUGUGGAACUGCACUCUGUCCCUUUUUAAGUAGUAUGUAGCUGGGUGCAACUUGGACAGUUUCAGUACCAGAGACCAAAUGCUGAGUAAUAAAAUAGAAGAAAGGUCCAGGCACUCCAAGGUACUAACCAGGCAAUUUUAUUGAACCCACUGCAUCACAACGUUUCGACCCACACGGUCCUUUUCAAGUGUACUAGUGAUAGUGACAUAUUUUAAGGGUGACCGUGACCUGCUUACAGCUUUAACUGGUUUCAUAAUGAGAUUAAAUUCCAUUUGAUUUUAUUGUUUUAGGUUUUACAAGAACAUCUGUGUUUGACAGACUGGGAGCUGAAAGCAAAGUUGAUACAACUACAGGAAGCAAGGUCAGUAAUAUCUGGAUAAUAAACCCUUUCCAUUGUCCACAGUCUUUGGUGGCCCAUGGUGGUAUCAUGGGGACUCUGGGGUCGGAUUAUACACUGCAUUCUCUUAGGUAGUGUAAAAGAUGGGGUGCCCAGAACUGCUUUUAACAAAAGUUUAGGGGUCUUGAGACCUUAAAGCCAGCGGGAAAUGAUUUAACUGGUGGUUUGUAAUUUUGUGUAAUGAUUAUUAUGAGACUCUCUUGGCACAUGUUCAAUGUACAGGUUUAGCAGGGCUUAAAAUUUCAAGAAAUACACGAUUACCCAGUCUUCAAAAGUUACUGGCCACGGCAAGCCUGGAGAGGGAAUGGCAAAUUCACCAAAGUUUUCGUUCUCUAGUGGAAAUUUUAAAUCCUGCAUUUAGUGUUUGAUUUCUAUUUAAUUUAAGGUGGGGAAAUAGCCAGCUUUUAGUGUCAUUAAAGGAAUGCUCGCUAUCAACCCGAAAGCAAUAAUUCAUCUUGGUGAAAUGCAAAGAUUUAGGGAUUAACAGCGUACCCUCUUACUUUAUUAAAGUGCGUAUUUAGAAUGCUUUUAGUUCACUCCAUUCCAGCCCUCAUAUGACAGGGGACACUUCCCCGCAUGAUUUGAAGCAAUUAAUAAUAAAUUACUAAAGCUAAAACUAGCUGAGGCUGGCGGGCUGAGGGGAUGAUACGAACGGGUGUGGGGUGAUGUGAGACAUUGAAUUUGUACAGAAUUCACAUUAACCGAUUUUUGAAUUUUUGUUCCAGGCUGGCUAAUAAUUCUCACCUCCGGUAACAGAGGGGGUUACACUCUGUAUGUCAAGCGUUUCAUAGCAAAACCGUGUGCAUACAAACUUCAGGCACCAUGAUAACUUCAGUGGUCAUGGUGCUUUGAGUUACCCGUUCAUCACUGAUGUUGCUAAAGGUGCCAGAAUCUGUCUCCACCAGUCGGGAAUGCCACGCAGGAGGUGGGGAAUAGUUUAGCUUGUCCUGUGUUCAUACCUGGAGGUAGAUGGUAAAUGAGAUGCGCCGCCAUGUUACGGUCUCCAGGGCCUGGCCUUUCAACUGACCUGGGGCCAUGUCAGUCCUUGUUAAACAGAACUAAGGGCUAUGUAACAACAAAAGAACUCCAUUUGAUUAAGAAAUGUAAUAUUUAGGUUUAUCUGCAUUUUUAUUUAUGCUGUUCUCUCCUGUUUGCUCCUAGCCCACUGGUGUCUUUAGUCGUUUAGGAAAUGCCUGCCAGGAAGAAGUGUUGGCUGAGAGUGAUGAGGAUGGCAGUGUUCUGCAGUAUGAAGGUGUCCUUAAAAAGAAGACAGCUCCUGUUGUCCGAGAGUGGCUAGCUCCAGGGGUGACCAUCAAGGCCAAAGCCACUAGCUCCGAACCAAAGCCUGCCAUUACCACAGUGAGACGGUUGACCGCCAAACCUCCAGCCAGUGCUCCUGCCAAACUCUCCGCUACAAAAAAUGCCCUGGCACACCGGCUGGGCACUGUCCAGCAAAUAGAAUCAGAGGCUGAGAAAAUAAAAAAACCUACAGUAACCUCCCUGGCACACCGGCUGGGCACUGUCCAGCAAAUAGAAUCAGAGGCUGAGAAAAGGAAAAAACCUACAGUAACCCCCCUGGCACACCGGCUGGGCACUGUCCAGCAAAAAGAACCCCAGGCUGAGAAAAGAAAAAAACCUACAGUAACCUCCCUGGCACACCGGCUGGGCACUGUCCAGCAAAUAGUACCCCAGGCUGAGAAAAGGAAAAAACCUACAGUAACCUCCCUGGCACAGCGCCUGGGGAAACUGCCUGCAGCUGCCCAGGAUAGCAGUGUCAGUAGCACUAAACCCCCUACAGGGGCAUUUAAAGUGACCAUCAAGAGGACAUUAGGGAGCACCAGGGUGAGCAGCACCUGUGACAGUAGCAGUGCCCAAAUGGACAACACCGCCAAUGUUAGUGUCUUCCAGCGGCUCGGGAGAAAGUCGGUAUAAGAGCAAAUUUUAAGGACUUGGCCUGCCAAAUGUGGGGCAUUACUGAGAUAGUGUAGUGACCUCCACCUGCAGUUCUGCACUUGGGUCACUAGGAUAUUGUUACUUAAAGGGGUGCCCUAAGUAGCGUACCCAGUAACCUCUACAACGCAGUGUGGUCAUAGCGCAGAGUUUGUCAGACUGUCAGCAUUUCAAAAAUACCAGGGCUCUCCCAGCCUCUGCAUUGGGUAAUGCGCAAGUGAAUUCCAUUCAUAGGCUGAGAGCACAAGAGAAUCCCACCGUCCUUGGCCUAUCUGUAGCAUACAGUCAGACCCAUGAAUGUUACAAUGUAGGGAGUGAUGCCGUGAGCUGUACCGGCUACGGUGCUCAGGCUUGGUGCCUUAUUACAGAUUAGUUUUCCAAUCCAAACAAUCAUGUUUUGCGAUGAAGCCUGCGGUUUUGGAAAUCAAGCUGGCUUAUUUUCUCCCUAUUUAUUAGCUGAUAGGAAAGUUUCUGCAGGCACGGUUGUGUGUUUUUUUUGUUUUUUUAUUAAAUAUUUUACUAAAGCAUAUUGUGUCUUGGAAUUCGU